GCAGCAAAAUAACUUUUUAAGGAAAUGUGUCUAGAGAGCAGACACUCUGUGAAUGGAGUUUGAUUUCAAGACCCUAAAGGGUAUUCAUAUUUACUUCAAGGAACACCAAUGAAGGCUACUCUGUAGAGGACAAAUAAAUUUGACUUAUUGAAGGCCUAAAGAGCUUGUUUCUGAGAGGAAAUUCAAAAUGACGGUAAACUACCAAUCUUGAAGCUAGCAGAUCAUUGUCUUGAUCCAUCUACUAAGUUGAUGCUGCUUUGGUUUCAUUUUGUAUUACACCGUAGGAAGCACUGACAACUAACCAGGAAUAUUUGUGAAGGGUACUACAGUUCCACAAAUAGGCACCAAGAAGACAUCCUGAGAGGAAAGGAACAUGGAUGGAGUUGGAAAUAUGACAGUAUCUUCUACCAGUACUAAUAUAUGCAAUGACACUAUCGAUGAUUUCCGCAAUCAAGUCUAUUCCACCUUGUACUCUAUGAUCUCUGUUGUGGGCUUUAUUGGCAAUGGUUUUGUGCUCUAUGUCCUCAUAAAAACAUGUCAUGAAAAGUCAGCCUUCCAGAUUUAUAUGAUUAAUUUAGCAGUAGCAGAUCUACUGUGUGUGUGCACACUGCCUCUCCGAGUAGUUUAUUAUGUUCAUAAAGGCAUUUGGCUCUUUGGUGACUUUUUAUGCCGCCUCAGUACCUAUGCCUUAUAUGUUAACCUUUACUGUAGUAUCUUCUUUAUGACAGCCAUGAGUUUUUUCAGAUGCAUUGCAAUUGUUUUUCCAGUACAGAACAUCAAAUUGGUUUCACACAAAAAAGCCAGGUUAGUGUGUGUUGGCAUCUGGGUUUUUGUGAUAUUGACUAGUUCUCCAUUUUUAAUAUCCACUUCUUACAAAGAUGAGAAAAACAAUACCAAGUGCUUUGAGCCUCCACAAAACCAUCAGCCUAAAAAUCAUGUUUUUGUCUUACAUUAUGUGUCAUUAUUUGCAGGAUUUAUCAUUCCUUUUAUUAUAAUAAUUGUCUGUUACACAAUGAUCAUCUUGACCUUACUUAAAAAGUCAAUGAAGAAAAAUGUGUCAAGUCGCAAAAAGUCUGUAAGAAUGAUCAUAGUAGUGACAGCAGCUUUUUUGAUCAGCUUCAUGCCAUAUCACAUUCAACGCACAAUCCAUCUUCAUUUUUUACACAAUGAAACUAAACCCUGUGAUUCUGUCCUAAGGAUGCAAAAGUCAGUGGUCAUAACAUUGUCUCUGGCUGCAUCAAAUUGCUGUUUUGACCCUCUCCUAUAUUUCUUUUCAGGGGGAAACUUUAGGAGAAGGUUGUCUACGUUUAGAAAAUAUUCUUUGUCCAAUAUGACUAACGUACCCAAAAAGAAAGCCUCCUUUUCAGAAAAAGGAGAAGAGAUGCAUAAAGCAUAGUUUAAACCCAUCUCCAGUGCAAAUCAGUGAAAGAAUUCAGCAAUAAGUAUUUUCUCAAAUCAUUUACAGUAAAAUAUAAGAAUGUAUAUUAUUAGCAAAAAAUAACCGAAUGUGUCUCUAUAAAUCUAUUUCAUUGUUCAUCUACAUUAUUAAAAGCUGUAGGGGCCGGGUGACGGUGCAUCUGGUAAACUGCACAUGUUAC